CGUGACCAGGGUGGAGAACGGAGCUGGCGCCUGUAUCUGUGACGCCAUCUUGACGCGACUCUUCAUGUCCUUGUAGUAUUUUGGUUGUUCCACCGGAGCUAUGCCUAAAGUCGUGUCCCGGUCGGUGGUCUGCUCUGACACCCGGGAUCGGGAGGAAUAUGAUGACGGCGAGAAGCCCCUCCAUGUCUACUACUGUUUGUGCGGCCAGAUGGUCCUGGUGCUAGAUUGUCAGUUAGAGAAAUUGCCCAUGAGGCCCCGGGACCGGUCUCGCGUGAUUGAUGCUGCCAAACAUGCCCAUAAGUUUUGUAACACAGAAGACGAGGAAACUACCUAUCUUCGGAGAACUGAUGGCGUUGAACGUCAAUACAGGAAAAAGUGUGCAAAGUGUGGACUGCCACUCUUCUACCAGUCCCAGCCAAAGAAUGCUCCUGUGACCUUCAUUGUGGAUGGAGCAGUAGUGAAAUUUGGCCAAGGCUUUGGGAAAACCAAUAUAUAUACUCAGAAACAAGAACCUCCUAAGAAGGUUAUGAUGACCAAACGGACUAAAGACAUGGGCAAGUUCAGCUCUGUUACUGUGUCUACCAUUGAUGAAGAAGAAGAAGAGAUAGAGGCUAGGGAAGUUGCUGACUCCUAUGCACAGAAUGCCAAAGUGAUUGAAAAACAGUUGGAACGCAAAGGCAUGAGCAAGAGGCGACUACAAGAGCUGGCUGAAUUGGAAGCCAAGAAAGCAAAAAUGAAGGGGACCCUGAUUGACAACCAGUUCAAAUAAUCAAGAUCUUUCUGAGUGCUGACUGGAUGCCAACAUUUAGAUCAGGAAGAAUAACUUCAAGAUUUCAUAGUCUAGUUUCUAAUUAUGUCCCAAGAAGAAAACCAUCCCAUUGAUUUUCCUACAUUGCUGUUCUUUUCUUUCAUUCAAGUCCUUAACUCCAUUUCACUUAUUCUCUAAGAGAUAGAUUGUUUUCAAAAUUUUUGUAUAUCUAUGUUUUCUGUCUUUUUUGUCUUUGAGACAAGGUCUUGUUACAUACCAGGGGCUGGCCUUGAACUUGUGAUCCUCCUGUCUUAGUCUCUUCAGUGCUGUAAUUACAGGACUGCACCACUGUGCCUGCUUGCUCUACCAGUCCUCAUUUCAUUUGAAGUACACUACUUCUGCGAAGUAUUUAGAGAUAGUAAGUGUUUGAGUUCUCUUUUGUCUGAGGUAGAUGCAUUUUUUUUAUUUCUUCCUCAGAAUAAUACAGUGUUUAAAGAUCUUUAUUUAAUAUGGUAUGAGAAGAAAGUGGCAAAAAUUAAGUUUAAAGUUAAAGCCAGGUGGAUCCUUUUUAGAAACUCUGUCUCUGAUCUUCCAACUGCUCUUAAAAAUUGACCAUAGCUUGAAUAUUUCUGUUAUUGUCAGUAAAGAUCAGGAAGAAAUGCAAAUCUGCAGAAGUAUUUCUUUACUUAAAGUAUUAGAGUUAUAGGUGAACCAUGCCAUAUCAGACUUCAGAAUUAAAGAAGGAAAAGCCAUGUGGCUGGGGGUGUAGAGGAGUGCAUGCUAAGCAUGUGUGAGGAUAUCUCCAGCACCAAAUAGAUAAAUGGGUAAAUAAAAGAAAGCCAGAUUGCAGAUGCAGGGGUAGGGUAGCUCAGGUCUGAAUUAAAAUAUGGCCUUGCUAAGUAACCCAAAGGAGUUAACCAGUCAGCUGGGAGAAUACUCAGUGUGAGUACACAGGAGGGGCCAUAGUGGGUUCCAUUAUCUGUGGGCUGUCUUGUUUUACAUUUUCUAUGUGCAGAAGAGCAUUUUAAGUGUGUCACUAUUGAAUUAUGUCAAUAUCCAUGUAAUUCUUCCCAUAGUCUUAUCUUACCUGAAUUGCAAGACAUGAGGAAGCAUGGAGUGUGUUGCCCUCCUAGUGUUAUCUAUGACAGAUUGCACUUUUUAAUCAUUCAAGGCUUGCCUGUGAGGUGUUGCCAGGAAAUAGUUUUCUUUACCAUUUUUUUUCUAAUUUCUGUAUUUUCAGGGGUAAGUAGAUUAGAGUAGAGGUACAACCGGGCUAGCAGGAACUGGGCUAAAGUGGAUUGGGGACCCUGGGAAUGCAAAGGGUGGGGUUAUGUUGCCACCUGCCCAGUUAUUCUAUGCAGCCAGGAGGGUCUUUCUAUAGCUCUAUUGUUCUCCACCUCAUUUCUUGUCCUAGUUGUGAGACAGAAUUAACAUUGUGUGAAUGACCAGCUAUGUCCACCAGACAAUGACCUCUACCUGUACUCCACGUAUCUCUAUAUUCCCAUGUGUACAGCUUGAAUAUACCUACACCACCUUGGAAAUUUAGGUUCCUAUUUUCUGGCGACAGCCUCUGAUUUUUGCUAGCCUCAUGUACUCACAUCUUUGUAAAGCUUUCAAAGGUAUGUUUUUAGGUUUGAGGGGUGAUUAUUUUGUUUGUAAUAAUGAAACAUAAUGAUAAUAAUAGUAACAUUAACACUCAGUAGUCUCCAUUGAGUACUUGGUUAUGGAAAGCACUUUAGAGGUAUUAGUUUACUCUUAACAAUACCUCCUUUGAGAUAAAUUAACUAUUGUCAUCACUGUUUUAUAAAUUAGUGCUCUGAAGCUCAGAAUUUUCCUUCAUCAAGGUUCACUAGUCAGUAACUGGUUAAGGUAGAACACUGACUUUAAAACUCAACCUCUUUACUAUGCUGAACUGCUUCUCCUGUGGAAUCAUGUAUAGUUCGAUGCGAACAUAAUUUCAUUUUGAAAAACUAAGUGAAGUAUAAUGUAAAAAAAUUCAGAUAGAGACCCCUAAAGCAAUUCUGUAGUUAUAUUUCUACAUAUCUUCUGAAAUACUUUCUCUUAGAUAAAUCUUAACCAUUUCAAUAUCUGGCUCAAGUUACACAUUUUGCUUGUUCUAAAGAUUGUAAAACAUUAUGUCAUUAGUACCAAGUAAAUGUGUACUUUAUUGAAAGUUAUUAAAACAAUAUGAUGUACUUUCUCUAUUCUUAACUUCUAGUGUUUUUCUAGCAAAUGUGUUUCGAUGUUAAUAAAAAGAGCCAUAUCGAAA